AUGAUAUUCGAAGUAAUUCCGGAGGAUCGCGUUCGUUUGCGAGAUGAGGUCGAGUCGAAUUUAGACGAAAAGUUGCUGAAACAACAGAUCGACAAUGGCUGUUUUGAGGUGGAUCGCGUCACGACGUAUCUGGUCGAGUUAAUGUCUCGACUGUGCGCACCGGUUCGAGACGAACAGUUGAAAAAGAUUCGUGAAGCUGAAAACAUUGUGGAUAUUUUGAGAGGUACUUGUGAAUUGUUAGACCAAACGAAAAUUGAUAUCGCCAACUUUACGAUUAAACAGAAUCGAUCCGAAAUCGAAGCAUAUUCGGCCGAAUAUGAGUUGACACAAUUCAAAAAGAUCAUGGAUUUAGAUCCUGGUUAG